AUGGUCUAUGCUUCCUUUCUCUGGCUAGCCUGGCUGGCCAGUUGUAUUGAAGCCCUGUCACCCCACCAGGAUGCGGCAAUCGUGACGAUCCCAAUCCAACGCGUGGAAAACGGACCCAGUCAGCUCCGGAAGCGGACAGACGUGUACCGACCAGACAUCAGUUAUACUGCCGUCCUAGCCUUAGGCAACCCACCCCAGCAGAUCACAGUCCAGAUGGAUACAACUAUCGGAUAUCUCAUGGUUACUGCAUACAACUCAUCGUAUUGCAAUGAGAUCCACUGCUUAACCAAAUCGUUUUUGGAUAUCAGCUCCUCCUCAACGUACAAAGACCUUGGCCGCAAGUUCAACAUAACGACUCCCAGUCACUAUAAUUUCCAGGGAACCUUUGCCACUGAAACAUUGACUGUUAACGGGGAAUUGGUUUCACCUAAGGCGGAUAUAGUAGUCAACUUCGGCUCGAAUUUGGGGAAUAUCGUUGGCAUGGGAUAUGUUGCAGAUGACUCGGACUCGUAUACCGGGUUUCUUCAGUCACUGGUCGACAUCGGUAAACUCAAGUUAUCUGCGUACAGUCUGUAUAUGAAAGAUAAUCCUGGCGAAAGAGGCACUAUUGUCUUGGGUGGUGUGAACACUGCCAAGUACACCGGGAACCUGUACACGAUGCCCUUGCCCGCCGUCAACGGGACGCGCUAUCUCCCCUCUGUCUUGGUGACAGGAAUCGGAAUCACAGGUAUCAACAAAACCCAUUCCUCGGGGCUGCCCGUCUAUGCGGUUCUGAAUCCCGGGAUGUCUGCGACAUAUCUUCCAGACUCGAUUGUCGAAGAUAUCUACAAUGACUUCGGGGCUUGGUUUGACCCGGUAGCCCAAAUGGGCAUGAUCAACUGCACCGAGAGGUAUCGAGGCUACAACCUGACGUUCGGCUUCACCGACUUCAAUAUCAGUGUUCCACUCGCCGAUUUCAUUACAAUGCCCCGGGAUCCUUCGAAGUGUGAAUUUGCCCUACUCCCGAGUGGCAAAGAGACAGCCAUGCUAGGCGAUACAUUCAUGCAUAGGGCCUAUACGUUCUAUGACUUUUCCCACAACGAAAUCUCCAUGGCGCAGACCGAUUUCAACUCGGAUCCAGACACCUUGACAGAAAUUCAGGCCGGUGGGCUUUCUGAUGCCAUCCCUGAUGUCAUCUCCGUGUCUGUCACUGCAUCGGCCCCAGUUCCAACCACUAUGUUCAAGCCUUACGUUACGGAUUUCCCUCUGACCGAUUCCCCUUCUGAUUCCCCCUCCACUUCCAGUGCAUCUAGUGCACCGGAUGCCACUUCCACCAGCACGGGAGGUGGGGUUGGUCCGACCGGUAGUCCUCACAACGUCAUGGCGGGCCUCAUUGGAGCAGGGCUUUUGCUUGCCCUAUAG